AUGGCUUCUACUACCACCACCACAACCACAGCCACGUCGACCAGAGCCUUGCGCUCAAGACCAUCCUUAUCGCGACUACGUGGUCCCUCGUCGUUUGCCUCGACCCCCAAUUUAAAUACUUUAUUUACUGCGCAGUCCAAGUUGCUGCCUCCGAGCCUGGGCUUGUCACGAAAAGCUUCGCUUGCUGCUCUUACCCCUAGUUCGCUGGCCAGCAUACCCGAUGUCAGCGAGAGUUACGCCCUCGACACAGUAUUGAGCGACUCCUCGCCAGCCAUGGUUCCAGCGACCCCUCGCCGCCAAUCGGCUGAAGAUCUCCUCGUUGGAGAUACUGUCGACGUUCCCGGUGGCAUGUACGGUACUGUUCGCUUUGUCGGUACCGUUCAGGGGAAAAAAGGCACCUUUGCCGGCGUUGAGCUUCACCAGGACUUUGCUGCGAGGGGCAAGAACAGCGGCGAUGUGGAUGGAAUAUCUUAUUUCGCCACCUCAACCCCAGGCGCGGGCAUAUUUGUUCCGGUAGUGAAGGCGUCUCGUCGAGGUUCUUCUACCAGCUCGUUCCCAAUGACCCCAACUGCAAGCGCCAAUGGGCGAGCCAACGGAGUAAACUAUACGCCGCCAGGCCUGCCCAAGUUCAGCGUCUCCGUCGGACCUGGCGCCAGAGUACCCAGCCCCGGGCCCAAACGACCACCGAGAACAUCUCUUCCAAGGCCAGAUUCCCCGGUGCGCCGAACUCAAAUGACGCCUGGACCUCGUCCCUCGAUCGGUACGCCGGCUCCCAGGCCACCUGCAAGGUAUGGCAGCCCGACGAACAACAAUCGAUUUACCCAAAGCGUCCGUGGCACAGCGGGCGACCCAAACAAGAAACCAUCUCGAAUUGAUCGCAAGCCAAGCAUUGGAGGUCCCCGCAGUGCUUCGGCCCUAGGAUCCGCCCCUGGUUUUGACGAAGAGUCGACACCGUCUCUUUCUGGGAGCCCGCGAAGGCUAGGGCCGAACGGACUUGGCAGCUCCGUGUCUGUUCUGAACUUGAGGCGCCCGGCUUCCCGAGCCAAUGCUGCUAAUGAAGAGGAGAUGGAACGCCUUCGAUCCCAGCUUGAGGACCGUGACAGGCAGCUAAAGGAUCAAGCUACGACGUUGGCCGAAAUGGAGAGCAGCCUAGUUGAACUUCAAGGCCUUAUCGAAAAUACGGAUAUGCCUAAGAUGAGGAGGAACAGCCUCGACGACAAGGAUUCCGCUCAACUGCGGGCCAUGUUGCGGGAGAAGAAUGACAAGAUCGCCAUGCUCACUUCAGAGUUUGACGCCCAUCGGGCAGACUUCCGCAGCACCAUUGACACAUUGGAGAUGGCUAGCACAGAAACCGAACGAGUGUAUGAGAAGCGUAUCGAAGAGCUCAUGGGAGACAUCCGGGAGCUGGAGGCCAGAAAUCUUGACGUUGAUUCCGUCGCAAGCCAACUGAGACAACUCGAAGAACUUGUGCAAGAGCUCGAGGAAGGCUUGGAGGAUGCUCGUCGUGGUGAGGCUGAGGCAAGAGGUGAGGCUGAGUUCUUGAGAGGCGAGGUAGAGAGAACCAAGACGGAGUUGCGACGCGAGCGUGAACAAAGCGGCCCUGGUGGUGGCGCCCCUCACGACGACAAAGGGGCGCUGCUAAAAGAACUAGAGCAGAAGGAAGACGAAAUCAGAGGACUGAAGGCCAUCAUCCACUCUCUCAGCAGAGACUCUAUCGGAGACGCAGAGGAUCGAACACCGACACAACGCCGGGGGUCUUUCAUGAAUGGUGGCGAGGACGGCGAGACGGCUCGUGCAAGUCUAGCAAGGCAAGUCGCAGAGCUGCAGUCGCUGCUGGACAAGAAGAAUGGCAGGGAGGAAGAGCUUGAACAGGAGCUAGAGGCUCUUCGCGGGGGUAAUCUCGCGACGCAGAAAAACUCGGGACAUCGCUCAUCCCUCAGAGACUCGCGCGACACAGUCAUUCCCGUCCGAUUUUACGAACCUAUAUCCCCCGAGGUGAGCCACACGAGGGAGCCUAACCACAGGCGAGGUAAUACACUGGACACGAUGCAUGAGAGCGACGCCUACUCAACAGCCACGGAGAAUAGCACUCUCUGGUGCGAGAUUUGCGAGACUGGUGGGCAUGACAUUUUGACCUGCACCAACAUGUUUGGUCCAGAGGGUGCCAAAGCUGCUAGUGACAUAAAGACAGGCAAGGAUGUUGUUCGCGAAGGCCUGAAGCUUCAAAACUCUCUGGGCGUGAAAGACGCCCACCCGGCUCCGCUCUCGCCGACAAAGCCCAAGGCAGCAUUUCCUGCAGCUCCCGCUAUCAAAAUCCUCCCGAACCCGAUGGAAUCUGGGCCAGUGGCGGGCAAGGAGAGUGGAGUUGUUGACACAGGGAAGUGGUGUGCGGUGUGCGAGCGAGAUGGUCAUGAUAGUGUUGACUGUCCGUUUGAGGAUGCAUUCUAA